CGCCUCCCACAGGACGGGUUUGAGAACCACCCGGCGCAGAUCCGAGAGAGGCUUGCCGGGCGGGGUGAGCACUUUCCGUCACCUGCGCUUAGAGCUUCGCUGCGGUUCGCGGAGAUUAAAGCGCGGAAGGCAUUUUGCCCAUUGAGGCCUCCGUAGCGAGGGGGCGAGGCCCGGAAGGGAGCAGGAUGGCGGCGCUGGAUGGAGACAGUGACGAGGAUUUGGUCAGCUAUGGGACGGGCCUGGAGCUGCUGGAAGAAGGCGAGAGACCAAAGAAACCAAUUCCUCUUCAGGAUCAGACUGUCCGAGACGAAAAAGGAAGGUAUAAACGAUUUCAUGGAGCCUUCAGUGGAGGUUUCUCUGCUGGUUACUUCAACACCGUUGGCUCAAAAGAAGGAUGGACACCCUCUUCCUUUGUGUCUUCACGACAGAACAGAGCAGACAAAUCUGUUUUUGGUCCCGAAGAUUUUAUGGAUGAAGAGGAUCUUAGUGAAUUUGGGAUAGCACCUAAAGCGAUUGUUACCACAGAUGAUUUUGCUUCUAAAACCAAAGAUCGAAUACGAGAAAAGGCCAGGCAGUUAGCAGCGGCUACUGCCCCUAUUCCUGGCGCCACUUUGCUUGAUGACUUCAUAACACCAGCGAAGCUAUCUGUUGGUUUUGAAUUGCUAAGAAAAAUGGGUUGGAAGGAAGGACAAGGAAUUGGUCCUCGAGUAAAGAGAAGACCACGCCGACAGAAACCUGAUCCUGGUGUAAAAAUCUAUGGCUGCGCAUUACCCCCUGGAGGCUCUGAAGGAUCUGAGGAUGAAGAUGAUGACUACUUGCCAGAAAAUGUGACCUUUGCACCCAAAGAUGUCACACCUGUGGAUUUCACACCUAAAGAUAAUGUACAUGGACUGGCUUACAAGGGCCUGGAUCCCCACCAAGCACUGUUUGGAACUUCAGGAGAACAUGUUAAUCUUUUUAGUGGUGGACCCGAGGGCGCCAACAAUCUUCUUGGAGAUGUUGGAGUGAAUAAAGGAAGAAAAUUGGGAAUUUCAGGCCAGGCUUUUGGUGUAGGUGCCCUGGAAGAGGAAGACGAUGAUAUCUACGCCACGGAAACUCUAUCCAAGUAUGAUACCAUCUUGAAGGAUGAGGAGCCUGGAGACGGACUCUAUGGCUGGACAGCACCCAGGCAAUAUAAAAAUCAGAAAGAAUCAGAGAAAGAGCUUCGCUACGUUGGCAAAAUUUUGGAUGGAUUCUCCUUGGCUUCUAAACCUUUAUCUUCUAAGAAAAUCUAUCCACCACCCGAAUUGCCAAGAGACUAUCGACCAGUGCAUUAUUUCAGACCUCUUGUGGCUGCAACCUCAGAGAACUCCCACUUACUUCAGGUAUUAUCAGAGUCAGCUGGAAAGCCAACACAUGACCCAGGGACACAUAGUAGGCACCAACUGAAUGCCUCCAAGCGGGGAGAGUUGCUAGGAGAAACGCCUAUUCAAGGGGCACCUACUUCAGUGUUAGAAUUUCUGUCCGAAAAAGAUAAAGAGAGACUCAAAGAAAUGAAGCAGGCAACUGACCUUAAAGCAGCUCAACUCAAGGCCAGGAGUCUGGCCCAGAAUGCCUCUAGCAGCAGACCCCAGCCCUCCUCUCCAGACGUCGGACACUGCUCUUGGCACGUGGCAUUGAGUGGUGGCACAGCCCCCGUAAGAGCCAGCAACUUCAAACCUUUCGCAAAGGAGCCAGAAAAGCAAAAACGAUAUGAAGAGUUUUUAGUAAAUGUGAAACGGGGUCAGAAAGAUGCUCUGGAAUGUUGUCUUGAUCCCACUAUGACAGAGUGGGAGCGACGCCGUGAGCGGGAUGAGUUUGCUCAGGCAGCCCUGCUGUAUGUGUCUUCCCAUUCGACCUUGUCCUCCCGGUUCACUCAUGCCAAGAUGGAAGACGAUUCAGAUCAGGUGGAAGUCCCUCGGGACCAAGAGAAUGACGUCAGUGACAAGCAGUCAGCUGUGAAGAUGAAGCUGUUUGGGAAGCUUACCCGAGACACAUUUGAGUGGCACCCUGACAAGCUUCUGUGUAAGAGGUUUAAUGUCCCUGACCCAUAUCCAAGUUCAACUUUAGUUGGCUUACCAAGAGUGAAACGUGACAAAUACUCAGUCUUCAACUUUCUGACAGUCCCAGAGACAGCUUCCUCACCUGCAACUCUAGCAUCAAGUGAAAAAGUUCCACAGCACCAAGGUCCCGACAAAUCAAGAAAACCAUCCAGAUGGGAUACAUCUAAACAAGAAAAGAAAGACGAUUCCAUUAGUGAAUUUUUAAGUCUGGCUAGAUCAAAAGUUGGUCCACCUAAACAAGAGUCCAGUCCAUUAGUAAACAAAGAGGAAGAGCAUACAGUGGAAUCAGUCUCAGAUAAGGUAAACAAAGGUGUGGAUUCACAGACUGAAGGAGAGGGUAGCCGCCCAUCCAUGGACUUAUUCAAAGCCAUCUUUGCCAGCUCCUCAGAUGAAAAGUCUUCAUCCUCUGAGGAUGAGCAGGGCGACAGUGAGGAUGAUCAGGAGGGUACCCGGGAAGCCGACGUCAAAGGUUCCCAAGAGACUGACUUGGUGGAGACGUUAUCUGUGGCACAAGCUAGCGAGCCAGCACCCCAGGAGCCCGCACCCUUCUUCCCGAUUCAGAAGAUACAGAUAGAUGAAAGAGAGGAGUUCGGCCCGCAGCUGCCUCCCGUGUUCUGCGCCAAUGCUCGUCAGAAACUUGAGGCACCUCUCAAAGAGAAACAUAAAAAGAACAAAGAAAAGCACAAGACCAAGAAAGAGCACAGACGGAAGAAAGAGAAGGAUCUUCCCUGACCAGAGAUCGAACAUGUGCCCCCUGCCGUGAAGCACCGAGUCUAACCACUGGACUGCCAGGGAAGUCCUGUUUUUCUUUUAGACAGAAUAUUUUAAUUUAUUCAGUUGUAUUUAAAAUUUUUUUUCUUAUUCAUGAACAUUAAAAAGUAGGAAAAAAGGACAUUUAAAUAUCUUAGAGUUGAGAAUUCCCUGGUGGUCCAGUGGUUAGGACGCUGGGAUUUCACUAUGGGGGCCAGGUUCGAUCCCUGGUCGGGGAACUAAGAUCCCACAAGUUGCUCGGCCAAAAAAAUAAAUUAAAUAAAUAAAUAAAUAAAUAUCUUAGAGUAAUGGUUGAGUAUUAAAUAACAGAAUAGUUAAUUACUGUUUAAUAAAACAAUUGUUUUUAAUAACAUAAUUAUUUAGAUAAUGAAUAAAAGCAUUUGAUAUUGAUUAUCGUUCAAUAUUAAAGGAAGGUAUUAGUUUGAACAUUUCUCAACUACUUUGUCAUCAUUACAAAUAGAGAUUUGGGUCUGUAGCUUGCCGUUUGAAGUGAUGGACACUAAAGAACACUGUUGACACCGCUGUCUCAACAUCCGUGUCUUCUUUUGAGUUAUGGCACAGGCUUUUAAUUCAGUUAAUGUUAGUGCUGGGUACCCACAGUGAUCUGGGUAGUAGUAGAAUUGAUUAGAAACAGUUCCUCUUUUGGCUACCAGAAAAAAGGAUUCUUGAGCAUGGAAGGUAAGAGAAGUUCCCCUGGAGUGAAAGGAAAGAAACUGGUGCUGACAGAUUUGAAAACCAAACUCACGUGUUUCUCACCGGCACAGUAUGUGCUGUUCUCUGACCUUCUACCAGUUUCUUCUUUGUGCUUUUCCAGGGAGCUUGUCACCCUGAUAUGUGGUUUGUCACAUACGGCUAACAAAAUGGGGCAGGCAGGUUCACGGGAGGGGACGGGGUCACCUUGGAUGAGAUGGGGGCUGAGUGUCAUGAUGGGGUCCUGCCUGUGCCUGCUUGGUUCUGCUGUGUCUGUCGCCAGAAGAUCAAUUCUGUGAGCAUAUGCACGGUGGAGAGUGUGCCCAGUUGUGUGUCCUGGUCUGUCCCACACCAGGCUAAAGCUCCCCCCAGUGAAGUUUUUUGUUUUUGAAUGACUCCAGCAACCAAAUGCCUCAUUAGCCUGCCACUGCGAGGAAUUAGGAAGGGAAACGCCCAUUUGUUCUCCUUGAUUUGUUUAUUUA